CUCUAAUCCGAAGAAUCUUCUAUUCGGUUAAAACAAGAACUUCUCGAUCACACCGAAACUUUCCAGAAUUUAUUAAUCGUAGCCGUUCAUCUUCGACGUCAAACAUAUUGAUAAGUCAAAAAACGAAUCACAACCGUUAGAUUUAGUUCAAACACCGUAAUAUAACCGUAGCGGAACAUAAGCUACGUGGUGGAAUCUUCACGGCUCACACAAAUAUAAGAUAACGUCCGUUUCAAAUUCCCCCAACUCGGAGAAACCGAAGCGAGUCUGACUCUCUGAGUCGUCACCACCGAGUCAACUCUGUCUCCGCCAUGGCUGCUGCUUCACUCCACACUUCAAUCUCACCACGUAGCUUCCUUCCUCUCUCCAAACCAUCUCUAAAACCUCACCGUUCCCAAAUUCUACUGAGAAACAAACAGAGGAAUUGCGUUUCGUGCGCAUUGAUCCGUGACGAAAUCGACCUGAUUCCGGUUCAGAGCCGAGAUCGGACCGACCAUGAGGAAGGUUCGGUGGUAGUGAUGAGCACUGAGACGGCGGUUGAUGGUAAUGAAUCGGUUGUUGUAGGUUUUAGUGCUGCGACGAGUGAAGGUCAGCUUUCGUUAGAAGGGUUUCCUUCUUCUUCUUCUUCGGGAGCUGAUUUAGGAGAUGAAAAGAGAAGAGAGAACGAAGAAAUGGAGAAGAUGAUCGAUCGAACCAUUAACGCUACGAUUGUUUUAGCUGCUGGUUCUUACGCUAUUACCAAAUUGCUUACCAUCGAUCAUGAUUAUUGGCAUGGAUGGACUCUGUUUGAGAUACUAAGAUAUGCUCCUCAACAUAACUGGAUUGCUUACGAAGAAGCGCUAAAGCAAAACCCGGUUCUAGCAAAAAUGGUCAUUAGUGGAGUUGUCUACUCUGUAGGAGAUUGGAUAGCUCAGUGUUACGAAGGCAAACCGUUGUUUGAAAUUGAUAGAGCAAGAACAUUGAGAUCAGGACUAGUAGGUUUCACUCUCCAUGGCUCGUUAUCGCAUUUCUAUUACCAGUUCUGUGAAGAGCUUUUCCCGUUUCAAGAUUGGUGGGUGGUUCCUGUGAAAGUUGCCUUUGAUCAAACAGUCUGGUCAGCUAUAUGGAACAGUAUUUACUUCACGGUUCUUGGUUUCCUGCGUUUCGAAUCGCCUAUCAGCAUCUUCAAAGAACUAAAAGCUACGUUCUUGCCUAUGCUAACAGCAGGUUGGAAGCUUUGGCCAUUUGCUCAUUUGAUCACAUACGGUUUGGUCCCAGUAGAACAACGACUUCUCUGGGUAGAUUGCGUGGAGCUUAUUUGGGUCACUAUACUUUCGACUUACUCGAACGAGAAAUCAGAAGCUAGAAUCUCGGAAUCUGUCAUUGAGACCUCUUCGAGUUCUACUACAACCAUUGAUCCCUCUAAGGAAUGAGAAAGCAGAAAAGCCAAAUCGGGUCUUAUCAGCAUCAUAUUGUAUAUAUACAGAGUUUAGCCAAUAAAGUGGCCAGAGAUUUGAGAUUGAUACAGAGGAGAUGGAGAUAUUCAAAUGGAUGUAUCUAUUAAUGUGUAAGAAAAAUAACCAGAAUCUUGAAUACACAAUAGAAACAAUUUUAUUUGAUCACAGUGCUCUAAUAAUUAAACACGAAAGAAAAAAAGUAACAAAAAAACAUGAUUUGUUUAUUUGGGAUUUUGAAGAACAAAAGAUCGUUGUGAAUUUUCUAACCCGUUGUUCAAUAUAGAAUCUGAAACCAUAACAAAUUCAAUAAGCACUAGGUCUUUUAU